GUUACAAGAGAUGCAGCGACAAGCCCGAGCUACAGUUGAAUUGAUGCGAGAAACCUAUUCGAGGAUCAGGUCUGACGAAGAAAAGAAGAAAGGUCUUGUUAUACUGCGAGCGCUGUAUGGGAAGCUACCCGCGAAUUCAUCAAGUCACGAAGUGGGUGCAGAACCAACGGGUGACGGACAGCAGGCGCCGGAAACACCGAACUCGUUCAGCGAAGUGAUUGACGUCACAAUACCCGUGCAGUGUCUCGUCAAGGACUCGCGGUUAGAACUGCUUGAAGCUAGCAAGUCGGAGCUGCCCGGUUUCUACGACCCAUGCGUCGGGGACGACAAGCACCUCACCAUUCAGUACAUGUUCCAUAACAACUUACACUGCUGCACCGUGUCUGACAGCCAAGCCCUUGUUCUUCCCCGUAGUAAUCAUCGGAUAAAGAAUAGAUCCUGAAACAUAAAGUCGAAGCGUAGGUACAAACUCGACGGCGCGCCCCCGCCCUCCUCCUUAACUUAUCGAGUAGACACCUUGUGAUUAUGACGACAUGAAUGUUACUCACAAAUCCAGAAAAUUACAAUACGAAGCUUUAGAAGAACAGGCAGCUAAUGACAUUCCAUUUUUAUUACACGAACAGUUCCAGUUCAUUGAGUUGUUCCGCCGUAGUGUUAAUAGAAUAAAUAUUUGAUACAUUUACAUACAUAACACGAUCUACAUUGAAAGUGCCUCGAUAACACGUUACCGUAUAACACCGAAAGAUGCGCUUAUUUACAAUCAGUUUAAUAUUAUAGUUAUAUAUCGCAGAAUUUUGACUAAAACAAUUUUAAUAGGGGGAUAUUUAUUGUAACUUAGUCGCAUGCCAAUUAUAAAAGUAGGCUUACAGUGGUGGUGCGAUAGGUAGAAUAUAAGGCCAUUACCGGCACUAGCCAGCGUUUUGAUUCCUCUGUUAAAUUAUAUUAAUUCGUUAAACAAAUAAAUAUGCAUGUUUAAUUACCAUCGUUAUAAUUUAGUUGAAGAAAAUCUUAAAUUAAUUCAAUUAUUUAAAUUAUAAAUAUUUCUUACGUGUAGUUACAUUUUUCUCUAGUUAAAAUGCGAUAUUUCGUAUGUUUGUUAAAUUUAAUCCGUUAAAACUGAUAUUAUGGCUUUUAAUAUGUACUCGUUGUUCACAAGACGUUUUUUCGCCCAAAUUGUUAUUAUAUAAAUUAGUAAGUUGUUUUACCGUUGUGGUACAAAUUAAAUAAUGUUUAAUGGGACCUUUGGAAUAUGCGUUUAAAAUAAUAUGUAAUUAUUUGGAGGGUUUAAUUUUUACAUUUAUAUUUAUGGAAGUAGGAACGAAUUUAAAAGUCGUUAUAUCAAUAGUCUUUCUUAUAUCAAUAGCAUAAACUACAUGUUGCAUGUUUAACAAUGAUUGUUUCAUUAUUGUUUGGAACAGCAUUAAAAGUUGUGAUUUGUGAGCCUUUACAUUUAAUUUAAUAAUUAGUGAAAUAACGAAUUAUAUUCAAAAGGAGAACCCAUGUGUCGAAUAAAUUUGUCGAUAGCAAUAUAUUAUCAUGAUUUAAUUCAUGGCCUUUUUAGAGUAUUUAAAAAAAACUAGAUAAUUUCCGUUCUUAGCGGCUUUUGGGCAAUUAUCUUAAAAAUCUUAAUAUUAAAAAAAACGAUAUCGUAUAGGUAUCUAAUCGAAUAUGUAGAAAUUUAUUCAUACACCAAAGUUCACUGUGAGCUGUCUAAUGUAAUUCUGACUGUGUCGUUACAUACCGAACAAUUCGUAUUAGAACAAUUAAACGUGCGGGUGGAAAAUAACUGCGAAUUCGGUCACUGAACAUAUCUAUGGCGAUAAGAUCUGUCGCACGCAUAUGGGAUAUGUUAACAAUCCAGCUAUAUCAAUCACGACUUAACACAGAAUAAAUAUUUUUGAUAAAUGACAUUGAAGAUUUUGAUACUACAGGAUUAUGCUUAUACCAUUAACUAAACUAUAGAUCUGUAUCAAUCAUACCUGAAAUAAGGUUUUAAUUGUUUCAAAUAUAAAUUAAUAUGUUAUCAGUAUACCAAUUUGUAUUACUGCAAAUAUACUAGACCUUUAUCACAUUAACUAAGUGACAUUUUAAUAUAUACUCAUGCAUAUAGAUUAAUAGGCCAAAUUGGAUAUUGUAAAAUGUUUGUUGACAUAUUUUACUACGAACAUGAUUGUAGCAGUAAAACCCAGGACCGCGAUUUGUGACAGUUUUUCCUUAAGGCGAGGACGAAUAUAUUUUCUAUGUGCAUAUUGCCGCAAUAAAAAUGUAUUGAGCUAGACGUAUUGUAGUCGUAGUAUUAUUCGCUGUUAUAAAUCGUAAGUUAUUAGUACAUUCGUUAGUUGGGGAUCACUCGUGUAUAUUUAACAAUCAUCGCACAAAUAUUAGCUGGUAAUUUUGAUCUUCAUCUUGAAACUUAUCUUGCACAAAAGCUUGUAUAAUUAAUUUUCUGGAUUUUGAUAUGUAGUUAGAUGUAAAAUUUGUUAAACAGUUAGUUGUUUGAAUUGUGCUUCGGCAUUCUAGCGCGAAGAGCCACAAUAAAUCGUUUGUUUGGUCUAUUACCUUAUGUCACGAACAUAGGUAAUGUUUUUAUAUCUGUAAGUAGGUUUACUAAUUUGAAAUGUUAUGUUUGUAAACUAGUAGGCGCCUAUUUCCUACCUGACUAUCCUUCAGAAGAAACGCCGAAUUGAAUUCGGGAGGUGAACGAGACUUUUAAAGUUCGAACAAAAGGCAAUAAUGGUGGCAAGUAGUCAAUCAUUUUUCCUUUGGGAUUAGAACCAAUGCAGGUUUGAUCAGACUUGACUUCAAUAUCUUACAAUCAGCAAGACUCUUGUGUAGCCCUCUACACUCAAACCUGCGCGCUUAUUUAUAGCUAGGGUAAAAAAAAUUACAGAACGCUGUUUGUGGUCGCAUAAUUACAAUUUGAUUUAUAUACGAAUAAUUUAUAAUUAAAUUGUAAUUGAAAUGGACAUGAAUUAAAAAUCUAUUAAACCUUUGUUGUAAUGUUGCAAAAACAGUUUCUUAGUUCCAUAAAGUUUUGUCGUCCAUGUAAUGCAGCAAAUAAAUUAAGAUGCAGCUUACUUAUUUUUUAAUUCUACUUGGAACUAAGGAACGAAUACAGCGGCAUUUCAACAAAUUAGUAAUUUUUUGUAUUAUUUUUUGGCGUUACAAGUUUAUCCUUGCUUCUUGUACUGAUUCUCUUGAUUAAUAUUUUUUUAUUUUAUGCUCAUUUUUUUGUAAUAUAAUUUCACUUUGAUGCGUUUUGGAACCUCCAGAAACAAUCGUUGCUUAUAUUAUAUUGAGCGAGUCCUAUAACUAUUUAGAUUGUUGAUUAUAAAUAUUAUUGUUUCUUCUGUUAAAAGGCCUUAAGCGAUAUACUGCGAAAUAAAGUAUGAAAGUUGUUGAUA